GGCUCUUUUUUGCCACCAAAGCCUUAUUUUCCACAUCACCCACCAAACUCCCAAAAAAAUACGACCUUUUCUUUUCAUUUGUCCAUUCUUCUCUCUCUAGCCGUUAGCUGGCCAAUUCAAUUUCCUUUGCUUUCACUCCCAAACGACCAAAUCCCAUACACAUUAUAUUGUAUACACAUAUAUACAUACAUACAUAUAUAUAUACACACACACACACAUAUAAAUACACCCACUUUUUUCAUAUUACAAAAUCUCUAUAAUUAUCUCGACAUCACUAUGGAUUGUUUGGUGUUGCCCGUUUCUAUGCUGAGAAACAAGUGCAUGGGGUACAGGCCUUUGGGCGCUGGCGAGGCGGCGUUUGGCGAGCGGGAAAAUCCGGUGACUGUGGUGGUGGGAAAGGAAAAGAGGGAAUUCUUGGUCGACCCUUUUGUGUUGGAAGAAAACCCUUUUCGGGUUUUGAUCGAGACGAUGAACAGAAGCAACAACAAGAAGCACAAGGAGGAGGGUAGUUAUCUCGAUUUUCGAGAGGGAAAGAUUAAUAAGAAGAAGAAGAAGGUUCUUUUUGUUGAUGUUGAUGCGAUUUUGUUUGAGCACAUGUUGUGGUUGUUGUACAAUGAUUGUUCUUCUUUGUUUAAGCUUAAUCUUAAGGAGAUUAUUGACUUCUAUGCUCAAGAUAAUUAGAGGGAGAGGAAAAAAGAAAAAAACAGAGGUACUUUUAUUUUAUUUUUUUAAAUACUGAUUUGAAUCUAUAAUGAUAUUUUCUGUGCAAUAACUUGUCAGAGUAAACGAUAAUGUAUGCAUACAAAUUGUAAUAAUUAUCAUUAAUCAUUUAUGGGAAACUUAUUUAACUAUCCAAA